AUAUCUCCACCAUGUUCUCUUUAAGAUGUGUAUUGGUGGCAGGUCUCAUCAGCAUGACAGUGGCCAGAAGGGGUUGGGGGGAUUCCUCGGAAGGACCAUCUGGCUCAGAUGGCGGAACAUAUACUGGGCCUAGAGGGCCACCACAAGCAGGUCCUCCAGAAGGACCCUGGGAAGGUGGGCCUGAAGGAUCUCAGAGUCAAUAUGAAGGUGGGUAUAGUGGUCGAGGACCCUCAAGAGGCCAAGGGGGUCCUAGAGGUCCACGUGGACAAGGAGGUCCAGGUGGACUUGAAGGUCAAGAUGGUGGAAGCAGAGGUUUCCGGGGACCUAGACGCCGAGGGGGACAUGGCGGGAGAGGCAGGCAAUGCCUUAUGUUCCCAGCAUGCAAACAACUCAGUAAAGCAAUACAAGAAGAAAUGUAUGCAAUGUUCCAAAGAGGAGAAGGAGGUCCAGACAACUGUGUGGAUGGAAAUCAUAAAGUGUGCAAAUGGAAUGACAUGAUGACUGCCCGUUGCAGUAUGAAGGAAGCUAUAGCGGAAGAUUGCAUACAGCAAGUCCAGAUGUUCAUAAACGGAGACUGCAGCCAGAUUACACCAGGUGAUCGGAGUUAUCCACCAGAUGAGAAAACAUAUCCAACAUAUCCAGAAUAUUAAAAAGUAAAACGCAUUAUCUGAAGGUUGAUUAAAUGCUUCACUUUGCCCAAUUGAAGCUUGAUGUCCUGUACAGUUUUUUUUUAAUGUUUAGGAAGAAAAUGAAUAAAACCUUAACUUUUCCUGAAAAAGUAUAAA